AUGACACCGCCCUAUGUUGAUAUCGACCAUAUCCUGGGAAGCUUAACGCUGAACAAAAAGAUCUCUCUCCUCGCUGGAGAAAGCGACUGGCAAACCGUGGGAAUCCCUUCCAAAGGUGUUCCAGCCGUCAAGGUCUCGGACGGUCCCAAUGGCGCCCGCGGGGCCUCGUUUGUCAACUCUACGACGGCAGCAUGCUUCCCCGCGGCGUGCUGCAUCGCCGCAACCUUUGACUCGGAUCUCGCUAGAGACAUUGGCGAGGCCAUGGCCGAAGAGACUCGGUCCAAAGGCGCCAGGUGCCUGCUGGGACCGACUGUGUGCAUCCAUCGCCAUCCGCUCGGCGGCCGCAACUUUGAGUCCUUCUCUGAGGACCCCUUUCUCUCGUGGAAGCUCGCUGCUCAAUAUAUCAACGGGCUCCAAUCUCAAGGCGUGUCUGCUACAAUCAAGCAUUUUGCGGCCAACGAGCAAGAAACUCAGCGUCUAACGGUUGAUACUGUGGUUGGGGAGCGCGCGCUGCGGGAAAUCUAUCUCCGUCCGUUCGAGAUUGCAGUCAAGGAGGCCAACCCGUGGGCCAUCAUGACGUCUUACAAUCUGCUAAACGGCGAACAUGCCGACUCCAACAAGUACCUGCUCCAGCAAGUCCUCCGGGGCGAUUGGGGCUGGGAAGGGCUGGUGGUUAGCGACUGGGGCGGCACCAACUCGACGGCGGACGCCCUCAACGCCGGGCUCGACCUCGAGAUGCCCGGUCCAACAAGAUGGCGAAAGCAAGAGGCCGUUCUUGAAGCAAUAAGGGCCGGACAGCUGACAGAAGAGACCAUCGAUCAGCGGGUGAAGCAGCUGUUGGCCUUUCUAGAACGGCUUGGAUGUUUCCGUGACCCUCGUAUCCCAGACGAGCAGGCUAUCAACGACCCGAGACACCGGUCGCUUAUCCGCGAGGUGGGCUCUCGCGGUCUCGUUCUCCUAAAGAACGACGCAAACAUCUUGCCACUAAAGCCAGCCGAAUUACACGGCAAGAAGAUCGCAUUGCUCGGGCACGCAAAGACGGCACUAGCUCAUGGGGGUGGCAGCGCCUCGAUCGUCGCUCAUUACAAGGUUACUCCCUGGGACGCCCUGAAGAACGCACUCGGCGACCAAGUUGCACUCUCUUACGCAAAAGGUGCCGAUACGCUUCGCUACUUGCCUCCAGUCACCACAGGCGUCCUUGACCUGGACGGCAAUCCCGGUUUCACGUACAAACGAUACGAGCCCAACAAUCCUGUCCCAGUCGAGAUCAAGCAGAUGCACCCUGACUCGUUUGUCUCUGUCUUUGCCUCGGUCGGCUUUAGAGACUGCGACGUCAGCCUCGAAGGUCUAUUCGAGGUCCACGAGACGGGGGAGUACUACUUCUCGUGCGCAGGCCUUGGGCCGAGUAAGCUCUUGAUCGACGAUCAACUCGUCGAGGAGCAAACCGACAACUAUCCAGAUGCCAUGGGGUUCAUGUUUGGCGGCGCAUUUUCAAACACAAUCAAGGUCCAUCUGGAUGGAGGCAGGAAGUACAAGAUUUCGGCACACACCUCUCCGCCGACUCCCAAAGAGGGCGAGGUCGAGGACAUGGGGCUUCUGGAGGGCCACGUUGGUCUUCAGGUUGGCUUUGCGCCUGCUCUCCAGCUCGACUGGGACUAUACGGCCGAGGCAGUGCACCUCGCCCAGGAGACCGACAUGGCCAUCGUCUUUACUGGGCAUGAGCCGGUUUGGGAGACUGAGGGCAAAGAUCAGGUCAGCUUCCACCUCCCCAAAGAUGGGAGCCAGGACCGGCUUGUUUCCGCUGUGGCCGAGGUCAACCCCAAUGUCAUCGUUGUGAAUUCCACAGGAGUUCCCAUCGCGAUGCCGUGGCUUGACAAGAUCAAGGCCCUCGUCCAGUCGUGGUACCCUGGCCAAGAGUGUGGCAAUGCUAUUGCCGACAUCCUUACGGGACGAACUACCCCUGAAGGCCACCUACCUUGCACGUUCCCCCGAGAUAUCCGCGAUUGUCCCGCUUACGGAAACUUUCCCGGCCAGUCCGUGAACAAAAAGUUGACAGUCACAUACCAAGAAGGCGUCUUUGUUGGAUAUCGCCACUUCGACCUCCUCGCUGACGACAAGAUCAAUUUCCCCUUUGGCUUCGGACUCUCCUACACAUCCUUUGACUUGCAAGACUUUAGCGUACAAAAGACCAACAACAACACGCUCGACGAAAAUGCGCCAAAGACAGACCCAAAGAAGCAACUCGCCGGUUUCAAAAAGGUUAGACUGCAACCGCAAGAGUCACAGGUGGUACGGAUUCCCAUUCAAGACCGAGACUUUGCCACCUACGAUGAGGCGGAACGUCGAUGGGCUGUGCGGGGGGGAGUUUACCGUUUCAUGCUUGGGAGCACUUUUGCCCCGUCCCACCAUAUACAUUGA